ACGCACUUCAGAAAAGAAACGAGCUGCCGAAUUUGUUUUUCGACUUGUUCCUCAUUGCGACUUCGUUUCUUCAUUCCCGAAUUUAUUGAUUGUAUGUGUGCACUGAUGAACAGCCCUGUCAAUUGAUUUCCUUCCGCCGUUGGGCGAUAAAUACGUUUCUGGAUUAUUUUCAUAGCCUAAAUCAGAAAGACAGUCAAAAUCAACACGUCGGCCAAACGCUCAACACCUGUUUUUGAAGAGCCCACUAAUAAGCGUCAAAAAGUCAUGGCAUCCCAUACUGGGGGACGAGGGGGAGUGGGCCGCGUCGAAAAAAAGUUGGAAGCAAGUAUUCAAAAUGGAAAUUACUAUGAAGCUCAUCAGAUGUACAGAACUCUUUUUUCCAGAUAUAUGGCGCAAAACAGGCAUAAAGAAGUUCAGAAUUUAAUGCAAGCUGGGGCUUUUUUGUUCUUCUCGAAGAAUGAGAGUGGCAGUGGAGUUGAUUUAUCCUUGCUUCUAUUAGAUUCGUUGGAAUCCGCUAAAGCUCCAGUGACUGAAGAGCUGAUUGUAACAAUCGGGAAUCUUCACAAGAACAUUGGUGUAUCUCAUCCACAGUUAUCAAAUUUUGAAGUGAAAGCGAUUACAUGGUCAACACAUACUGAUGGUGUUCCUAAAACAGGCCAUGCAAAAAUAAGGCAUGCGUUUGCUCAUAAUCUAUGGAAAGAAAAAUUGUAUGGCGAAGCCAGACAGCAUUUCUUAUAUUCAAAUGAUGGAGUAGGAUCUGGUGAAAUGUUAGUUGAAUUCUCAGUCCAGCAUGGGAAGAAAGAGGAAGAUGAUCUUUUCAUAGCACAAUUUGUUUUACAGUUAUUGUGCAUUCAAGCGAAACAACCAGCUAGUGAUGCGUUUAAUACAUACACAGAGAAACAUCCGAGAUGUGGAAAGAAAUGGCCAUUCACGAUUCCUCUUCUUAAUUUCUUAUUUUUUCUUCUCUCAGCUGUUGAAACUCAGAAGCUGGUUACAUUCACUACUCUUUGUGACAAAUAUCAAACAUCACUGAACAGAGAUCCCACUUAUUUUCAGUAUUUAGAAAGGAUAGGGGAGAAUUUCUUUGGAGUCAAAUUACCUAAGAAGCAGAAAAGACCCCAAGGUUUGAUGGGUAACCUUUUUCAAGGUCUUAUGGAUGGAGACAAGGAAGGUGGUGAUAAUUUAUUAAACGGAGGAAGUUCUUCAUCAACAAGUACAAAAACUUCUCAACAAGCCAUGACUGUUGAAGACUUGGACUAAACUUUUUUCUGUCUCUUGUUGUUUUAAUUAUCAAUAACUUGCUUUUGCUGGAUUGAGUUCAGGGUUGUUCAUACGCUCGCUAUCAAUUAUUGUUUUUUUGCAGCUCUUCGGAGAGUCCAAUGUUUCAUUUUGUUUCUAAAUGAUGUGUAUGCGAACAACGCAUCACAAGAAUAUUUUUCCAUUAGGACUAGGCAAGUUAGUAUUCAGCAAUUGAAAAGUACUCAAGGCACAGUUCUUGAAAUGCCACCAAGAAAUGCCAUUCUUCAUUGACCCUGAUAAAUCAAAGAAUAGAACUGUGGACCUUGAUUCACUAUCUCAUUUUCACGCUUAACAUAUUCAUUAUUGAAAUUCACAAGUUAUGAAAGAUACAAAAUGACAUCUCAUGGUAUGAAUCUUUAUUUCUUCUGAAAGGCUUAUGUAAGAGCAACAUUUAUGUUACUAUUGAAAUAAUAAAUUUUAUGAAGCUUUUAAUUGGGUUGUGUUUAGAUUUUAUGAAUAAAUUUGGAGCAAAAGUGUAUGUUA